AUGAACUUAACGCGUCGAUUAUCCGCGGCGAAAGACGCGUUCAACGAGAACGACGUCGCGGCGUCUCGAGCGGCGCACGAAUCCAAAGCGAAUGCGUCGACUGUUACACCGCGCGCGAGAAAUUCGACUCCCGGGAACACCACCAACAACACGAACGAUGGUGAGAUCAAAUACGACGCGGAGGAAGCGCACGCCGGCGCGGGAGGAAAAUACGUGAAAAGUUUAGUCUUUGGGGGUCUGGAUGGGAUCAUCACGACGUUUGCAGUCGUCGCGGCGAGUAAAGGUGGGAGUUUGAGCACGGAGAUUGUCUUGCUGAUGGGCUUUGCCAAUCUCUUCGCGGACGGUUUGUCCAUGGGAUUCGGGGAUUUCUUAUCGAGUAAAGCGGAGCACGAAUACGCGACGACGGAGAAAAAACGGGAGAAGUGGGAGUUUGAUAACUUUCCGGAAGGCGAGAAGCGAGAGAUGGUGGAGAUUUACAUGCAAAGAGGGAUGAAAGAGGAAGACGCGACGAUAAUCAUCGAGACGAUGUCAAAGUACGAAGACAUAUUCGUGGACGUGAUGAUGGUGGAGGAGUUAGGGUUGAUGCCUCCGGAGGAAGAGUCGAGUUUUAUGAAUGGGUUGGUAACUUUUGUAGCGUUUUCUUUGUUUGGUUUCGUGCCUUUGAUGCCGUAUUUGAUCGGAAGGUUGGCAAAGAGCGGGUCAGAAGACGCGUUGUUCGUGAGCGCGUGCGCUCUGACCGCGUUUACGCUAUUUUCGUUAGGGGCAGCGAAGGCGAAGUUUACAAAUCAAGCGCAAGUAAAGAGUGGUUUCUUUAUGUUAAUGAACGGUGGCUUAGCAGCGAUUUGCGCGUAUUUAGUCAGUUGGGGGAUUUCUGAGGGGUUAGGCGUUAAAAGCCCAUAA